UGAUAUUGUCAAAACUUGCUGCGCCAGCAUCCAUCAAUCGAGGAACCAGGCCAGUCCCUUUGUUCCCGCUGUAAUGGCUGCCGCUUGUAGCUUGACUUCCGCCACGCGGCCGCUUUCGAGCGUCGCAUGGCUCGGGGGGAUUUCUGACGGUCGUCGCUUCCAGCCUACGUCAUCAGUAUCUUCCGUUAAAUUGCACGCCGCGCCAAGCGCUAAGUCGUUGCGCGCGCGAUCCCAUGCGGACCACGUGGACAUUAGCGCGUUGUCGGAGGCCGUUUCCACGAAUAAUGAUUUCGCGCUGGAAUUGAUAGCUGGUAACCAGUCCCGGCGAGCGGUCCUUCUCGGAGCUGCGACAACAGCCGCUGCCGCGACUGUCGCAGCAGCAAUGCCUUGGGUCCUACCGCGCGAAGCUCUCGCAGUGGUUACAGUCGGUCUGAAAGAUUUAACUUACCGUCCGUGUGCCCAGCCCUACACUGUUGGUCCUGGGUCAUCCCUUUACAAGGCGAAGUGCUUUAAGAUCAUCGGCACUACAGUGAACAAGUCAGGGCGUACUGUCUAUAACGCGGAUGUAUUCGGGUUUGUCCUGGAUGCUUAUGACGAACCGGCGCUUCCAAACAGGGGGAGGCUUGCAAGCAUUAAAGAGAUACCCGUGGGAGAAGGAACGUUUGAGAUUGAGAUUGUGGUUCCAGCAAGUGAGUCGCUUCCGCUGACGUUGAAGAACUUCAGAGCUACUGGAUUUCAUGGAGGGGUGCAAAGGACAGGCAACCCUUAUGACGUUUUUGAGGAGGAUAAGAAAGGCGACGAUGAUGACAUCCCAUUCUGAUGCUGCCACGUUUUCCUUGUCUUAAACCUCUUAUAUAUUCUAGAUGCAAUUUUGGUGAGAUGAGUCUCAUUAAUAUCUAUUCCUGAGAAUAUCUAUUCAUUAUAAUUGGGUAACGAGUGGUAGUU